AUGGCGUUGACAGUCAAGCAGCUGAAUGCUGACGCCUCAUUUCUUCUCACCUUCGAACCUAUCGUGCCCGAGUCGACACCGGGCAUUUCCCCCCGGCCGUUCAGGAUAUUAAUGGACCCAUGGAUCACAGGACCGUCCACCAUCUUUCACUCUAUUCUUUCAACCACAACUCACAAGGAGUCUCCAUGCGUGUGCUCGCUGGAACAUCUCCCGGAACCCGAUCUCGUCAUUAUCAGCCAGCACAAAAGCGACCAUUGCAACGAGGCCACGCUUCGGCAACUACCACCCAGCGGGACGAGAACCCUAAUCCUGGCGGAACCGGCCGCGGCCAAGGUGAUUCGGGGCUGGAGGUACUUCGACAAGAACAAGGUCCAUACGAUUCCACGGUGGGAGGAUCCUCAAACCACGGGGAAGCAGGCCGUCAUCCGCGUCAAGGUGCCGCCAUUCACACCAGGUGGGGAGUUCGGCGAGGUAUCAGUCGCGUUCAUUCCUCAACGGAGGGAUUUCAAGGGCCUUCAUGCCGCCAUCGGCAUCACGUACCGGCCACCUCCAACAUGGCCAAGGUUCCCACAUCUUCUUACACCCCCGAGGACCCCCGUAUCUCAGCCACAAGGCACACAAGUCUCUCCGUCUCCCAUUCCCGGGGCAGCCCGCUCCAAAGCUGAGCCGGCAUACAUCAGCCUGCCGACUCCCCCGGAGACUCCCAGCAGCACCCAAUCCCUCCACUCCAUCAACUCCGCUACGUCGACCCCGCCGCCAACGGACGCCCGAGACCGAGCAGUAUCAGUUAUCUUCUCUCCCCACGGCAUCUCAUACCGCUGCCUACACCAGUACGCCGCCUCCCACCUGGCCGCCGAGGCGGCUCUGCCUCUCACUGCUCUCCUGCACUGCUUCGACACUGUUUCGAACCCGUGGUGGCUCGGCGGUAAUAUCUCCGCGGGCAUGCCGGCCGGACAGGAGACGGCAUCGGCCCUAGGCGCAAAGGCCUGGGUUAGCACGCACGACGGCGACAAAGACGUCAGGGGCUUGGUCACGAGGAUGCUGAAGACGAGAAAGUACGCCCGCAAGGAGAUCGCCGACGUCGUCAGCCCCUUUUCGAACACCAGCCACCGCGACAAUAGGUUCGACCGGGAGGGGUCAGGCAAUGAGGGUAAUGGCGGUGGGGGUAAGAGUACUGAAGUGCUUGUUCUCGGGGUUGGCGAGGAAGUUGCGAUGACCCGGGAGGGUGUCUGGAACGUUGAGCCGCGCGCUGGAGUAUUUCCGCCUCGCAAACUCCCCGUGGCGGAGAAGACACUGCAAGGUCGGGCGCGAGGACGGAAUUUGUCGCCGAUUGUCACGCGUGUAUGA